UUUUUUUUUUUCCUGUUUUGAAAGCUGGUUUCCCAACUGCUUCCAAACACACGUUAAGAAAGCAAAACAUCCAGCAGCCCUCGACCUCAGAGGCUGGAGCCGGGCGAGCCGGCAGAAGCCAGGAGCGGCUCCGGGCGCCCGCGUUGCCGGCGACGAUGCCUCCUUUCUUGGACUGGGGCGCGUGGACUCUCUGGUGACUGCAUAUGUGUCCCCCACCCUCCGUCGCGCCCGCGUCUGGUGGCUGAUCUCCUUUGCUGACGACCCUCGACUCCCUUUCCCUUCUCCUUGCCCCUCAUCAUCCUCCUCCUCCUCCUCCUCCUCCUCCUCUUCCUCUCCUCCUCCUCCUUCUCUGCUCCUUUUGUGAAUCGUGUGACUGCGGGAUGAGCUGUUAAAGGCCGCGCCAGGAUUCCUCACUGCUCGGGCCUCUGCAAGGACUCCAGCCGCGCAGGGAGGCAGUCGGAUGAACAUCUCCAUGAGAGAGCCUGUGAUCCCUGGGAGAAGCAUGGCUUACCACCCGUUCCUACCUCACCGGGCCCCGGACUUCGCCAUGAGCGCCGUCCUGGGCCACCAGCCGCCGUUUUUCCCGGCUCUGGCUUUACCUCCCAACGGAGCGGCUGCCCUCUCGUUGCCCGGAGCUCUGGCCAAGCCUAUUAUGGAUCAGUUAGUUGGGGCCGCGGACUCCGGCAUCCCCUUCUCCUCGCUGGGACAUCAGGCUGCCGCGCACCUGAGGCCUUUGAAAACCCUGGAGCCGGAGGAGGAGGUGGAGGACGACCCCAAAGUCCACCUAGAAGCCAAGGAGCUGUGGGAGCAGUUCCACAAACGGGGCACGGAAAUGGUGAUCACCAAAUCAGGAAGGAGAAUGUUCCCACCCUUUAAAGUGAGGUGCACAGGUCUGGAUAAAAAGGCCAAGUACAUUUUGUUGAUGGACAUUGUGGCGGCUGAUGAUUGUAGAUAUAAAUUCCAUAAUUCCCGGUGGAUGGUGGCCGGAAAAGCUGACCCUGAAAUGCCAAAGAGAAUGUAUAUCCACCCGGAUAGCCCUGCAACAGGAGAGCAGUGGAUGUCCAAAGUUGUCACUUUCCACAAACUUAAACUGACUAAUAAUAUUUCGGACAAACACGGAUUUACCAUCUUGAACUCCAUGCACAAGUACCAGCCGCGAUUCCACAUUGUCCGGGCCAACGACAUCCUGAAACUGCCUUAUAGCACCUUCCGAACCUAUGUGUUUCCCGAGACCGAAUUCAUCGCCGUGACUGCAUACCAGAACGAUAAGAUAACCCAAUUAAAAAUUGACAACAACCCUUUUGCCAAAGGCUUUCGAGACACAGGAAAUGGAAGACGGGAGAAACGGAAACAACUGACUCUCCAGUCCAUGAGAGUUUAUGAUGAGAGGCAGAAAAAGGAAAAUGGAACCUCAGAUGAGUCCUCAAGUGAACAGACAGCUUUCAAAUGCUUCGCUCAGUCAACCUCCCCUGCCGUUUCUGCUGUGGGCACCUCUAAUCUUAAAGAUUUGUGCCUCACGGAUGGAGAGAGCGAUUCGGAAAGCAAAGAGGACCCCUCGGAGGCCAGCGACUCCGGGAAAAUCUCCACCACCACCGCCACCACCCCUCUGGCCGCCCACAGCAGCUCCUCAGCCGCUGGAGGAGGAGGAGGAGGAGGAGACCCGCGGGAGAAGAACCCCUCCUCUUCCUCCAAGGCGGCUCUCUUCCCCCCGGACUCGGCAGGCAGCCGCGAGGGCACCUCCAAGGCCGCCCCGGACUCCCGGCACAGCCCGGCCACCAUUUCCUCCAGCACCCGCAGCAGCUCGGGAGGCGAGGAGGUCAAAAGCCUCCCGCCGCGGGAGGACUGCAGGGGUCUGCCCAAGGAGCCCUUCGCCCCUCUGACGGUCCAGACGGACAGCCCCGCCUCCGCCGGCGGCCACCUGGGCCCCGGCCACUUGCCCAACCUGGCUUUCCCGCCCGGCCUGGCCGGCCAGCAGUUCUUCAGCCCCUUGGGGAACGGGCACCCCUUGCUGCUGCACCCCAGCCAGUUCGCCAUGGGAGGCGCCUUCUCCAGCAUGGCCGGGAUGGGCCCUCUGCUGGCCACCGUCUCCGGGGCCUCGACAGGAGUGACCGGGCUGGACAGCACCGUGAUGGCCGCGGCGGCGCAGGGACUCUCCGGGGCGGCGGCGGCGGCGGCUCUGCCUUUCCAUCUGCAGCAGCACGUCCUGGCCUCACAGGGCUUGGCCAUGUCUCACUUCGGAGGCCUCUUUCCCUACCCGUAUACCUACAUGGCUGCCGCAGCUGCAGCCUCCACGGCGGCGGCCAGCAGCUCCAUGCACCGGCACCCUUUCCUGAGCGCCGUGCGCCCUCGCCUGCGCUACAGCCCCUACUCCAUCCCGGUGCCCUUACCGGACAGCAGCAGCCUGCUCACCACCGCCUUGCCCUCCAUGGUCAGCGGGGCGGCAGCGGAGGGCAAGACCUCCAGCCCGGCCUCGGGGGCAGCCCUGGACUCCAGCUCGGACCUCAACAGCCGCUCCUCCACGCUCUCCUCCAGCUCCGUCUCCCUGUCCCCCAAGCUCUGCUCGGACAAGGAGGCCACCAGUGAACUGCAGAACAUCCAGCGCUUGGUCAGCGGGCUGGAAUCCAAGCAGGACAGAGCCAGGAGUGGGUCGCCCUAGCCAGGUCCCCCCCACUUCCCCCCUCUGGGGCGGGGACCCCCGGGACUUUCCUCAUUUCUGACCACUGGCUCGAACUCCGCACUGUCUCCCCCCUCCCUCUGAAGGGGGCUUCUCUCCGGCAAAGGUUGUAGGGGGUGGGUUGGGGUGGGAAGAGAAGACAAGGAGGGGGGAGAGAACUGGACAGAGGCGUUGCUGUCAGAAGCUGCUAUUAACCAGACUGUGGUGUCCACUGGAGGGGGUGAGGUGGGGGUGGCCAGCCGGGAGAGGCCAGGAGGUCUCCUAAGCUGUGCACACAAGGGCGCCCCCCCCAAAAGGAGGAGACACAGAGAAGUGAUGAUCUGUCUACCUUCAUAGAGAAUUGACUUUGCAUAUCAGUUGGAAGGAAAGAAAGGAAGGAAGGAAGGAAGGAAGGAAGGAAGGAAGGAAGGAAGGAAGGAAGAAAGAAAGAAAGAAAGAAAGAAAGAAAGAAAGAAAGAAAGAAAGAAAGAAAGAAAGAAAGAAAGAAAAAGAAUCCUUAAUAGAAAAAUGAUUUUGCAUAUCAGUUGGAAAGAAAGAAAGAAAGAAAGAAAGAAAGAAAGAAAGAAAGAAAGAAAGAAAGAAAGAAAGAAAGAAAGAAAGAUUGAUUCUGACCAUGGCCCUUGUCAGUCUGUGUGAAUGUGCCCUUUUCAUAUUCCUGUGAUGUGUCUAUCAACUGCCAUAGACUGUUUUUGCAUGUACCUCUAGUCAGUCUACUUCUGUUGGAUUUAUUUUACAAAUGCUUGCUUAAAAUCCCAGGGAAGUUGUUUUUAAAUCUCCGUUUGGCCCACCACCACCACCACCACCACCACCACCACUUCUGCCCCCCCACCCGCAACCUUUUAAACUAUUAUUGGAAUGGGGGUGGUGGUGGUGGUGGUUUUCUUUUUGUUUUGUUGUGUUCUGUUUUAUCAGGGCCAUAGUGCCCUUAAAGGGCUGACAACUUUGGCCUCCCUUUCACUGCAUAUGCAAUACCAAGGUUUAAACAUAAGGAGGAGGAGGAUAAAAAGUGGACACUAUGGACAAAGUAUUUAUGUAAUUAAUGGAUAACUUGUAAAUACAUGGCAUAUGAAUACUCAAAAUUAAAUUUUAAUUUAUUGAUAUUGUACAUAUGUCUGUAAAUAAGGACUGUCUUCUUUCUGGUUUUCCAGUCAUUUUCAUUUCAAAAGAAGAAUCCCCUGGAAAGAAUUUAAGCUUGCAAAGCAAACAAAAACCAUCAGGGAAAACAAAACAAAAAAAUAGUGUUUACACCUGUAAUAUUUUAUUUUGGUUCACCAUGUCGUCAUGACAAAAAGUCAUUUUUAUUUUAUUUUAUUUUAUUUGGGAGGGGGGAAGCAUGCAAACAGACAAAAAAUAAUGAUAAAAGGAUACAAGGAUUGUACAAUAGUGUCAUUGUUGAUCUUUCCCUUAUUCUAAAGUGGUAGCACCAUCAGUAGAAAUGGUUAAAUAAAUAUGUGAAUUAAACACCA